CCUUUCAGUUCCCCCCAACAAUUUGUAUUGAAAUAAAUCAACAUGGAACCAGUAAUCACUAACUUUGUUUUCCCCGGCCCCUUAUCGGAGAACACCCAGCUAGUAACCUAGCAACCAAGCUUCAGGUAGCGGCAGUCAGAAACUCAGGUAGGCUAUCUUCAAAUCUACUUACAAAUAAAUAUGGGGAAGUGUAAGUUCAACCGUAUUUGGUUGGAAAGCAUCUCAUUUGGUGCUUGGUUGAAACCAGUGGAGGGGAACGUGUUUGAAGCCCGCUGCACCUUUUGCAAAAAACAUUAAGCGUUUUUUUGUUGCAAAUGUAGCGUUAGCUAGUGCAGCAGCUCCCGCAACAACACCGGGUUUGAAUACAUUUACUUUGUAAGUAAUUAUGGGACUUAUUUCUUUAUAUCCAAUCGAAGGGGGGUUCCCCAUCCUCACCUUAAGACACAACACUCUUACUCACUGUAAACAUUAUAUUUGUUCGGUAAGAUAGAGAAAUACCUGCUUUGUCACAGCUCUGAGAUAAAAACAGCAAGUAGUACAAAUACAAGAUAAAUGGUGAUAUGGGAUAAGCAGAUAAAAGAACCAGCUUGUGAUUGUUUCUAACAAACUGUGGGGUUUUCACUGCAUUAUGGGAAUGUCAAAGAUUGUUCUGUGGAAGUGAUUUGGGAGGCCUAAACAGUUUUCAACUGCCAUUUGAUCUGUAUUAGUCCUCAUUUGACCCAUUGUGGGCCAAAAGCAACAAAACACAAAUAGCUGCCAUGCUUGUUUUACAAAUACCAUUACAACUCUCCCGGGGAGACAUUACAAUAGCUACAUAAGAACAAUGUCAACAAAACUUUAGGAGCAGUUUAAAAUAAGAUUCUUAACAAUCAAUAUUGUUGAUUUGAUCACAAACGCUUUGCCUGAAGGCGGCAAGAGGAUGAUAUGUUCUCCUCCUGAGAUUAGACUACUGUACAUAGUUUAAGUCCCUUCUGGCCUAUUUAUAGUGUUGGCCCUUGCAACAAUGUCAUCUGUAACUCGACUCCAUCUGUUAAGUCGGAGCAUGUUGAAUGUCAGUUGCCAGAAGCAGAACAGUUCACUUCCCACCAACUCUCCUACCGAGAACCCCAUGGAGAUUGUCGGACAACCGGGACCUUCGGGGGCCUGUAGCCUCCUCGGAGUGCCCCUGCUCGGCUGCUGGGACAUGGACGAAGAUAAUUGUGAGGUGCUGAUCGGCAUCAGGCCAAAAUCAUCGCCUCUCCCAAGGAGAAGGAGCUCUGUUGAGGAGGACGAGGAGCCAGAGACGCCCUUGUCCAGCUCCAGGAGAGUGUCCUUUGCAGACGGAAAGGGCCUCAGUUUGGUGCAGGUGAAGGAGUUUGGCACAUGGGAUGUGCCCAAGCUGCCAGAAUGCAACCUCUCUGUGGGGAAUGCUAAAGAUGCAGAGGAGUACUUCUUAUUUCCUACAACGUUCUCACUUCCGUUGUCUACUGAAGAACUGUUUCUGAAAGUCCAGACACAGAAAGUGGAGUUGGAGAACAUUGAGUUCGUACCAGGGACCACAAUACUGAAAGGAGUGGUCCGAGUUCUCAACGUAUCCUACAAUAAGGCGGUAUAUAUCCGAACCUCUUUGGACUCUUGGUCGAGCCACUUUGACCUCCUGGCAGAGUACAUGCCCGGGUCCAGUGACAGUUUGAUGGACCUUUUCUCAUUCAGGCUCACCCUGGUGCCUCCGUUUGGGGAGCAGGGAGCCAGAGUGGACUUCUGUCUGCGAUAUGAGACUCCGUUGGGGACUUUCUGGGCCAACAAUAACUACAGGAACUACGUGCUGUCCUGCCACCGGAGAAUGAAGGAGAGGAAAGAGAAACCGCAGAAGGAAAAUGUAAAGAAAAGCUGCCUAAAGACUGUCAGUCAGCCCUUCUCCACUGUGGAAAACAUGUCUGCAACUGAGGCUCCAUAUCAGGAAAACAUUUCAACAGAUGUGUCAAACCAUACAGAGCAAGCGGACACUAUGAAACCAAAUCAAAUCCCUACAAACCAGUCCGCAACAUCAGAGGAAAAUCAGCAGAAAUUACUGGCCGAGAGCAAACAGGUCUCCAGCCAAAGAAAUCGCAGGAAUGCUGCAAGGAUGGCUCGGCUGAAGGACUACUUUUCUCAGGAAAAUGGAGGAGCGGAUGACACUGAAAGAGAUGAAUCACCUCCAGAAGCAAAACAGCCAGCCCAAGAGGAAAGCCCAGAAGAAAAGCGAGCAGAUGUGCGAUAUUUUCCCGAGGAGAGCAGUCAAUCAAAAGGUUCUUACUUUGUUUCUGUGUCUCUGGAAACGUGCAGCGCACCUCUCCUUGAUGUUUCACAUGAUACGUCAACUACACGCCACUACGUGUCCAACAGUGAGACGGCGAAAUCUGAGAGCGUCACUGCCACAGAUAUCUCACUCAACCCAUUACAUCCAAACGGUGAGCCCGCUCCUGAUGAAUGCCGAAAUAUCAACAAGUGCGUCUCAAAAGCUGAGGAAGGCCACUUUGCAGUGAAACCAGCUGACAGUAUUAUUUUGGAAGUGAGCAUUGAAAGCCUUGUUAGCGAGGCCAACAGCUUCACAUUUGGAAAUGUGGUGGCUCCGCUUUAUAAUCAGGUGCUUGGCAGAGUGGGAAGUGAAAGUGAUCGGGGAAAUCCAGUACGGGCUACACUCGAUGUUGGAGACUUACCUCAGAGUAACUGGCACUCUGAAGGGAGACAGACUAGCUAUACAGGGCAUGAUGAUGGAAUUCAGGGGGAUAUGAUUAAAUAUCAGAAAUCAAAACAAGAAUGCUUAGGUGCCCCUCCAAAAAGUCCUCAAAUUGAAGAGAAGGAAAGCUGUUUGAGCGACACGGUAAACAACAUCCAACACCAUGUAGAAACUCAAGAUGAUGUUAUUCAUUUAGACCAGAGAUGCACCAUCACAUCGGAGGUUCCAAAAAACAUUGCAGAAGACGGAGUUGUAGAUCCACACAGUGCAAACGUUUCAAUAACACAUUUGUUACAAACACCCACAGAGAGUUUACAUCUCCAGGAAGACAAUCUCACCCAGGACCUCGAGGAUCAUACAUGUGCACAAACUAAAACUACUCUAAGUGACACACUUACGGAAAGUGAAACUCAUAAAGCCAUGGCUAAACUAGAAACCUCAUUCAUGUCACCUCAAACUUAUCAGAGUGAGUCAGACUGUGUUAGCGAGGAGGAAAACACACUGACCAGCUCUAUUGGCGAAAAUGGCUGUAAGUGUGUAGAGGAGUCAAACGUAGAACAAGAUAACGUAGGCAAAACAGGGAUAAUGUCGACACCCAAUGGCCUUUUAGAGGAGAAUAAACUACUAGAAGCUUUACACAAUUUGAACUCAAAGCACAUCAAUAAUUCUGCUAAAAAAGAAACUGUGAAAAUUGAGGAAAUUGUGGAGGAAAAGGACACUCUGAUAUCUAUUGAAACUGAUAAGAGCAACUCGCAUAUAGAUGAUUCAAAACACUCAGCUGAAGUUAAGGUCAUAGGUGAGGUAGCUGAGUCAGCGACAAAAGCCAGAAUAACUAAUCACAUACACAGUGAUGUGCACAAAAACUCCCAAAAAAUAGAGCACCAUGAAAUUGUAAAUGCUGUCCCGAAAAAGGGGGAUUUUUGUAUAGCAGACACUACUGAGGUAAACUGGGAAAUGAUGGUUGAAGAAGAGGAGAACAGCAUGUUAACAGAUGAAGAGGAGAGUGAGGUCAUAUGUUUAAAAGCAGUGGAGAAACACCAAGGAGAGUUGGAGGACACAUUUAAGGAGGCAGCAUCAGAAAUCAGAGAUACAACACAGACCGACGACCAAAAGAUGGAGAUCACAACUGCCAAAGACGAAGAGAACAAAGCUGAGGUUGCAGAUGAUCUAGAGGGCAAUAAUGGGGUUAUAGAGGAGGACAUUGGGGAGAUCUUGGCUGGAAAACAUGGGGAGGAAGUUGAGGAAGAAUUAGAAUAUGUUCAAGAACCACCCGAGGAGAUUGAAGGAGAGAAAAAAGAUGAACAAGAGGGGAUAGAGUUAGAGAAACCCUUUGCAGAGAUACAAGAAGUCAAUAUUGAAACGACAAAUAUCCUAAAUGAAGAGGAAAUAAAGAUGGAGGAAGAAAUUACGGAUGAAGUCAAAUCAAGGGAGGGAAACGUAGAACAGGAGGAUCCAGAUAGGGAGGGAGUUCUAGUUCUUGAAACAGGAGAGUCGGACAUCAUGCUUCUAGAGAUUAUAGAGGAUAAUGAAGCAGGGGGUUUUGAAGAGAAGGUCGACUUUACACAAAACGAGGAUGGUCUAUCUGCUCUGGUGAACAAUGAGCACAACAAGAGAGUAGCUGACAAAGAAAAUGGACACAUCCCAAAAGAAAUGCAAGAGACAGAUUUCCAAAGCAGUGUGAGAGAUGAUAAUGAAUCCACAGCUGCAGAGGAAGGUUCCUGCAUUUCUACAGAAGAAGCUGAAAUCGACAGUGAAUCUGCGGAGUCCGACUCAGACGACGAGGUGGAGUUAUACAUGCACUGUCUGAGGGCCGUUCACACCGGGGCCCAGAGCAAAGACGUAGGUUAUGUGCAGGGCUUACGGUCCUACGUAAGCAAAGGCAAACUGCUGUCCACACGCAUGCCCUCCAUCAGUGAGUCUCUGGAUGAAGAGCAAGACCUGGGCGGCCUUCAGGACAGCCAUGAGGAGACGGCAGACUUCCAGCCCACAGCUCUGCCAGCGACAACUGGACAGGGAAGCCUCAACAGACAUGUGUCAUGGUGGAGAGAGACUUUUUCCUGCAGCAAUAUCUCCAAAACAUUGUUAUACGCCACCUUGUUAGUGGUAUUUUUAGUCGUGGUCCAGCGUUAUGAUUUUCUUGCCUGUUUCGGGCUCUACUUGGCAUCUGUGGUUUGGCUCUACCAUCAGGGAGAGAGGCAGCCAGGACAACAAAAACAACAUAAGAGGUAGAAUUAUAAUUGGCUGUGAACGGUAAUACUAUCAUUAGAAUUUGAUAUUUUCUCUUCAUUUGAAGAUAUGUGAACAGGUGGUAUUAAUAAUGGUCUAAAUAGAAAAAGGAAAUAGUUGGUAAUGGGCAUUAAUAAAUGCGACACAUAUCAGAUUAAAUGCUGUAUAUUCCCUAUGGGAGGAUGCUAACUCUGUUGUCUAGAGUAUGUACACAUUUUCUUUAUGCUUUAUUUUACAUAAAACUCAGCAUUAACGCAGACAACAGGCAGCGUACCAUUGCUCACACUGACAUAUAUUUUUGAAGUGUAAAUACAAGUGAUCUGUGUGUGUGUGGAUGCUAUCUAUACAUCUUUUUGUUUUGUAGGGUACAUUUAUUUUUCAUAAGUCUUGAAUAAAUCAAUUGUGUUCAAUGCUUUUAACACUAUUAGUGUUUGCAACUGUUUUGUGUUGUUUAGUAGAAAGAGGGUCACUCUUUGUUUUACUUUCCUGUAUACAAAUACAUACAAUAUUUUUUUGUAAAACAGGAAGUGUUUGAGGCAGCCUAAUAUCAUCAGGAGUAGUAGUUAGGUUUGGGGAAUUAUGGAAGCUUCUGGCAUUUAGUGAACAACUCACAAAUAUUUCCUUUACCUGAAUCAAGGUUUAUUAGUGUCUUUUAAUCUAUAGAGGUUAAAUAUUAAUUCCCAUACCGGGAGUUGAACCCUGGCCGCCUGGGUGAAAACCAGGAAUCCUAACCGCUGGCUAGACCAUAUGGGACUUGCAUUCAGUAAUACAUUAUCUGAGAAAACGUUGGUCAUACCCUGAAACCAGAUUAUAAUUGUUGGAUUAUUCAUGUCUCCAGUGUGUUGUUUACAUGUCUUAAUCCAAGGCUGCAAUCUGAUCAAAGCACGUAUGAUGUUAUCACUUAUGAGUAUUCAAAUAUGUUUGACAUCAGAGAUAUAGACCCUGAUAAGAUGCUUUGUAGUAGCCUGAAAAUCAAUAUGAAGAAAGCAGCUGCUGGGAGAAAAUACAAGUUCGAUAGUUUAAAGAUUGUUCUGUCCUUAUCUCAUCUUGCCAGCAAAGUUGUUCUAAAUAAAGGACAACCCUUGAGGUGUGUCAAUGUGCAUUUCUGACAUACUGCCUUCAGUGUCAGUCUGCAAUAAAUCAAUACACUUAAUUC